AUGGCCGAGCCCAUGAACAUUGACGAUGAUGUGACUUGCGCGACGCUUUCAGAAGACCAUUGCAGCGUGGCAUUUGGCACUGCCUCCGGCAUGGUCCACAUCGUGGCCGUGAACAAGGACUGGCUACACAUGAACAUGGUGCGAAGGGAGAAGCUCUUUACCGCCCACCAGGAGCCGGUCCUGGCCUGCGCUGGAGACCGCCAGCUUCUCACCUCCUCGGCGCCGCGGCAUGCGGCUGUGGUGCACACGCACCGGGGCUGCUACUUUGCCAGCGCCUCCAACGAUAACGUGGCGCGCGUGUGGAGAGUGGAUCCCGCAGAGCACUUUGUGAGUUUCUUCGGUCACUUGGCACGAUUGGAGGUGUGCCUUUUCCAUCCGAAUGGAAAGUACCUGGCCACUGGAUCGGCAGACGCCACCGCCAGAAUCUGGGACUGCGAGAAACGCACUCAAAUGCGACUCUUCUGCGGCCACAAGGCCCCCAUCACUGCCAUGGCCCUGACCCAGCCCAACGCAAAGAUUGCCUCGAUCGAUUUCUCCUACUGCAACAAUCUGCUGGUUGUUUGGAGCCAGGACUGCCAUCUGAGCCCUUGGGAGUUUCAGCUGCUCGUCAAGUGCCCCGAGAAGAAGGUUUCGUCCACCCAAGGCACCAAAGCAAGUGAGCUGGCGCUAAUCAGCACGAUUCAGGCCUGUAAAAAUGGAAUUUUCCUUCAAAGUGGGUUCGUCGGCCGCGAUGCCCUGAUUGUCAUCUGGACGAUGAGUUCUCGGAAGAUGCAGAAAUAG